UGGAAGUGUCAUUGAUUACGUCACUAACUUGACAGAAGAAAAUCAUUACAAAAAAGAGUCAAAAAAGACAGACAGAAAUAUCUUCCUCUUCCUUAUCAACCCAAUCAUUUCAAGCUUCCAUAGCCAUGGCUGCCCUCUUAGCAAUCGUGCUGCUACUUCCCCUAAUAGUUAUAAUAAUCUUUCUUCACAAGCUAUGGUGGGCCCCACUUCAAUUCCAGCAUCAAAUGAAAUCCCAAGGAAUCAAAGGCCCUUCUUACAAGUUCAUCCAUGGCAGCACCAAAGAGAUCAUCACAAUCAAGAAUCAAACCAGUAAUACACCCAUGGAGCUAUCUCAUGACAUCUUUCCUAGGAUUCAGCCUCACUUGUAUUCUUGGACCAAAUUAUACGGGAAUAAUUUGCUUUACUGGAUUGGUGCUCAGCCUCAUAUACUUGUGACUGAGGCUGAUUUGAUUAAAGAAAUAUUUAGCAAUAAAGAAGGUACAUAUACAAAAACUAGAAUUACAGGGUACUUGAAGAAAUUAUUGGGAGAUGGAAUUGUUUUCACAGAAGGUGAGAAAUGGAUUAAGCUUAGGAAAUUGGCUAAUCAUGCUUUUCAUGGGGAGUGCUUGAAGGAUAUGUUACCAUCAAUGGUUGCAAGUGUGGAAGCUAUGCUGGAGAAAUUUAAGUGCCACGAGGGCAAAGAGAUCGAAGUGUGCUCCGAAUUUCGGCUUCUUACAUCGGAAGUGAUUUCCAGAACAGCUUUUGGGAGCAGUUAUGUCGAAGGUAGAAAGAUCUUCGAUAUGCUGACUAAGCUAGGUGUCUUAACAUCCAGAAACUCUCACAAGAUCCGAUUUGCCGUCUUGCAAAAAUUUGCAAGAACGAAGGAUGAGAUCGAAGCGGACAAAAUCGAGAAGUCGCUUCACGAUUCAAUCAUGGAAAUGGUGAAUAGGAGACAAGACGAAGUCAAAACAGGAAAAUCGAACGAUUUUGGGAGUGAUUUUCUUGGAUCACUUUUAAAAGCUCACCACAGUAUUGAUAAAAAGAAUCGAAUAUCGGCAUUGGAAAUAAUCGACGAGUGCAAGACUUUCUACUUUGCUGGGCAAGAAACGACUUACAGCUUGCUAUCGUGGGCCGUGCUUCUUCUCGCAAUCAACACUGAUUGGCAAGAGAGAGCGAGAACCGAGGUGCUCGAAUUGUUCGGUCGAGAAAAUCCGGUUUCGGAAGGGAUUUCAAGAUUAAAGACUAUGAGCAUGAUAAUAUACGAAACACUGCGACUAUAUAGUCCCGUAACUGCCAUCACAAGAAGAACCGACAGCAAAGUCGGUUUAGGAAAAUACGAAUUUCCCGCUAAUGUAAAUCUGGUAAUUCCACCUCUGUCCCUACACCGAAAUCCCGAUAUAUGGGGGCAAGACUGUCAGCUUUUCAACCCGGACAGAUUUGCCGAAGGGUUGGCUAAAGCGACAGGUGGCAACGCGACAGCCUUCCUCGGAUUCGGUUACGGGCCUCGAAUAUGCGUGGGCCUUAACUUCGCUAGUAACGAGGCGAAGAUAGCACUUUCGAUGAUUCUUCAACGGUAUAAGUUCACACUGUCGCCGAAUUACGUCCACUCGCCUUACAUAGUACUCACGACUCAGCCUCAGCACGGUGUUAAGAUCUUGCUGCAGCCAUUUAAACCGUUUCAAUCUUCCAUAGCCAUGGUUGCCCUUUUAGCAAUCUUCGUCCUGCUAAUAAUAGUAAUAAUCUUCCUUCAGAAGCUAUGGUGGGCCCCACUUCGAGUUCAACAGUUGAUGGAAUCCCAAGGAAUCAAAGGUCCUUCUUACAAGUUCAUCCAUGGCAGCACCAAAGAGAUCAUCACAAUCAACAACCAAACCAGUGACACACCCAUGGAGCUGUCUCAUGACAUCUUUCCUAGGAUUCAGCCUCACUUUUAUUCUUGGACCAAAUUAUACGGGAAUAAUUUGCUUUACUGGAUUGGUGCUCAGCCUCAUAUACUUGUGACUGAGGCUGAUUUGAUUAAAGAAAUACUUUGGAAUAAAGAAGGUACAUUUACAAAAACAAGAACUACAGGUUACUUGAAGAAAUUGUUGGGAGAUGGAAUUGUUUUGACUGAAGGUGAGAAAUGGAUUAAGCUUAGGAAAUUGGCUAAUCAUGCUUUUCAUGGCGAGUGCUUAAAGGAUAUGUUUCCAUCAAUGGUUGCAAGUGUGGAAGCUAUGCUGGAGAAAUUUAAGUGCCACGAGGGCAAAGAGAUCGAAGUGUGCUCGGAAUUUCGGCUUCUUACAUCGGAAGUGAUUUCCAGAACAGCUUUUGGGAGCAGUUAUGUCGAAGGUAGAAAGAUCUUCGAUAUGCUGACUAAGCUAGGUGUCUUAGCAUCCAGAAAUUCUCACAACAUCCGACUUGCCGUCUUGCAAAAAUUUGCAAGAACAAAGGAUGAGAUUGAAGCGGACAAAAUCGAGAAGUCGCUUCACGAUUCAAUCGUGGAAAUGGUGAAUAGGAGACAAGACGAAGUGAAAAUAGGAAAAUCGAAAGAUUUUGGGAGUGAUUUUCUUGGAUCACUUUUGAAAGCUCACCAUAAUAUUGAUAAAAAGAAUCAACUUUCGGCAUUGGAAAUAAUCGACGAGUGCAAGACUUUCUACUUUGCUGGGCAAGAAACGACUUACAGCUUGCUAUCGUGGGCCGUGCUUCUUCUCGCAAUCAACACGGAUUGGCAAGAGAGAGCGAGAAACGAGGUGCUCGAAUUAUUCGGUCGACAAAAUCCGGUUUCCGAAGGGAUUUCAAGAUUAAAGACUAUGAGCAUGAUAGUAUACGAAACGCUGCGGCUAUACAGUCCCGUGAUUGCUAUCACAAGAAGAACCGACAGCAAAGUCGGUUUAGGAAAAUACGAAUUUCCGGCUAAUGUAAAUCUGGUAAUUCCACCUCUGUCCCUGCACCGAAAUCCCGAUAUAUGGGGACAAGAUUGUCAACUUUUCAACCCGGACAGAUUUGCCGAAGGGUUGGCUAAAGCGACCGGUGGCAACGCGACAGCCUUCCUCGGAUUCGGUUACGGGCCUCGAAUAUGCUUGGGCCUUAACUUCGCUAGUAACGAGGCGAAGAUAGCACUUUCGAUGAUUCUUCAACGGUAUAAGUUCACACUGUCGCCGAAUUACGUCCACUCGCCUUACAUAGUACUCACGGCUCAGCCUCAGCACGGUGUUAAGAUCUUGCUGCAGCCAUUGUAGACACGGAGAAAAAGUGAGUGAGUACUAAAACUAUUUCACUUUCUACAUAGGAAAAUUACAUUAUGAGUUGUUGUGUAAUAAUAUUUGGCAUUUGAUAAUUUAUUUACUAACCUACCAAAGUUUGAAUCUUUGAACAAAUAUUUAAGGUUUCUUACUGCAGAAUAUGUUCCGAUUAUGGGUU